UGUCUUUGCGGGUUUCCUCACCCAAAAGGGUGCGGAUGUCGAUCAAAAGCCUGGAGCGACUUUCGACCACUGGGCCAACUUCGGUCCUGCAGAAGAGACAUGGGACCCACUGCGGAAGGAUGUUAUAGUUAAGGCUAAGUACAAGAAAUCCAUCUUACUUCACAGGCAUCUUGUUCCUCCCGUUUUCUUUAAAGGGGGCCCUAGAUGCUGCUGCAGAUGGAUGGUUCUUAGUUCUAACAUAGAUAGCUUAUUGAGUUCUUCGAGUACAACUUCAGAGACGAGCACAAGUUCUUUAAAGAGGUCUAGCACUGGUUGUGGUGGUAACUCUGGCAUGGUAGGAGAUCCAGGUGAAGCCUACGAG